AUGACAACCCCCGAGGAUGCUCCCCCGAUCAAACCGCCGCCCUCCUUCUCGCCGGCAUCACCUCUUCCCACCAAGUCCAGGUACGCUGAGCGGCUGCAGAAUACACAGCAAUCGGCACUGACGUCUCUCUCUGAGAGCGCCUUGCCCAACUCCCUGGCCUCCGAGCUACAGUCUGCGCCCUCAUCCCGAGCCAGCUCGCCUGAUCGACGGCUUUCUCGCUCCUCCCAGCGGCUUUCUAGAUCUUCAACCCUCUCACCCGCCAGACAUCAGAUCGAUACUGCAGAUGAUAUACGGUCGACAAUAAUCCGGGCCUUCUCACCGGCUAUCAGCGUUUACGCUUCGCAAGAGACGAACGAACUCGUGCGAAGAAAGGGGCUAAAGGGUGGUUUCUGCGAGCUCCUGAGGCCGUUUGGCGAGAAAAUUACCGGCAAGGUUAUCAUUCGAGACGGAGUGGGUUCUAGCCGGAGCUGGGAUGACUACGGGGUGAGAUUUGUGCACUCAAAUGGUAGCCGGCAGCCCUCGGCCGCAGGAGCUGAAGACAUAGACAAGAUACCCCCUUUGACACAGAUUGAAAAGGUCCUGGAAACUCAUCUCGAACCCUCUAAUCGAGCGGCCAGUGAUGUGAUAUUCGCAGGACAGCCCACUCCCAAGGGCGUGACGUUGUCAUCACCUUUAUAUAGGCUAUUCUUAAGACGGCUAUUGUCCGCAGACGCUCCUACUCCUCAUGAAACCUUUCUUCACCCUGUGGCAUGUGUUAUAGCUAUUAGUUCUAGUACACCGUCCCCGUUAGAAGCACUACGUCAGCUUUAUGCCAGUACGAGCCAUGGAGAGCAAGGCCCCCGGCCCUGGAUUCACCCAGAAUACCUCCGGUAUUAUGUCCUCGUUCAUGAUGAGGAUAGAGACGACAUCACUCAAUCAACAGCCUUAUUCGAUCAGAUGAAACGACAUUUUGGUCUACACUGUCACAUGUUACGGCUUCGAAGUAAUCAAUGCGUUGUGACAGAUGACGACGACGUGGGCUGGGAAUCCCCUCAUAUAUUCGAGUCCGAUGUUACGGCCAUUAUAUCCUUUAUCCGGGAAUUGGUUGCGCAGUCUGUUAUUCCUCACAUGGAGAACCGUGUGGCCAUGUGGAAUGAACAAGUCGCUUCCAGGAGAAGAGGCUUGAGCGGGCGCUUCAUGUCCAUAUCCAAACGCUGGACCGGCUUUGGUUCGAGUUCAAAGUCCUCUGGCGCUUUUGGAGGUGGUGGUAGUGGAAGCAACUACGACCCUUACCAGGGUUAUUAUAAGCCGGAUUCCCCCGAAGCAUUAUUACGGAAGAUGGCAGAUUAUUCUUUUAUGCUUCGUGACUUUAAGCUUGCUUCAUCAACAUAUGACCUUCUAAGAAGCGACUUUGGGAACGAUAAAGCUUGGAGAUACCACGCCGGAACCCAUGAGAUGUGUGCUAUAAGCAUGCUACUUAAUCCCCUUACCUCAACCAAUAAAUCUAAAAUCGACACCGUUGACCAACUGUUAGAUAUUGCCUGUUACUCAUACCUAACUCGAUGUUCAGAUGGCCAAAAUACCUUACGCACUAUCAUACUUGGAGCAGAGCUCUUGAAAUCCCGCGGCGGCUCUGCAGCUGAAAAUGCCGCCAAGUGGAAUAUGAAAGUCCUCAACAUGAACCUCGUCGGUCCAAUUGGUCGAAUUCUCGUCUCCGAACGGACUUCUGCAUGUUUUGCCGCAAAGGUUGCAACAGAAGGUACCAAAUGGGGAACCCGACGACGGAAGGCCGGUAUGUGGUCACUUCUGGCUGCUGACUACUGGCUAGCAAUUGGUAAACCUGCCUUUGCAUCUAGCUGCCUUGAGGAAGCCGAGAGGUACUAUGGACCUAUAUUGGAAGAGGGGUUGUUUGCCUUUCCUGAUCUACGAGCUUAUGUAGAGGAGCUAAGGCUGUCUGUGAAGAUGGGGUGCCUCGAAGCUCAAGGACUAGAGGGAGAGGAGGAGGAGGUUUCCGAAGAGCAGCUUGAUGCUACCGAAGACAUGAAUGAGAUGCCUACUUUCCGACGCCACCGGCGAUCCAUUCUGGGGUCUGUUGGCCCGUUAGAAAAUACCCAGUCAGCCAAGAUUCUAAGAAGGGAGGAUGAGGAGCCUGAAGAUGAUGAAUUUGAAUGA